UGUGUCAUUGCAGCCAAGGGCUAUGCAAGCCCCGCCGCUCAGGCAGCUCUCGGCAAUGGACGCAUCACGGCCGUGAUCGGUGCUGUUGUGGAUGUGCAGUUUGAUGAAGGCCUCCCGCCGAUCCUCAAUGCGCUGGAGGUGGCGGGCCGUGAGAGCCGUCUGGUGCUUGAGGUGGCACAGCAUCUCGGUGAGAACACAGUCAGGACAAUCGCUAUGGAUGGCACAGAGGGUUUGAUCCGUGGGCAGAAGGUUCUUGAUACAGGGGCUCCUAUCAGAAUCCCUGUGGGGCCAGAGACUUUGGGCAGGAUCAUGAAUGUCAUUGGAGAACCCAUUGAUGAACGUGGUCCUAUUAGCACCAAACAGUAAGUUUUCUCGGGUCACAUUUUAGAU